AUGACCGCUCCCGUCCCGUUGUCAAUCGUCUAUAGUGACGGCCGCCACGUGGGCCUCGGUAUGCCUGGUGAGGCGAGCGGUAGCCGUCAGUCAGAGACCUCCACCUCCGGCCGUGGAGAGUCGGCAGCUAAACCGCCAUCUGGGCCCAGGGUAUCGGUAGUGUACCCAAGCAACCCUAGGAUGCCCAUGGGGGUGCUGAAGGAAAACUUAUUCGGCGUCGACUAUCUUGGGCCGAACAAGAUUACCGAUCGGGAGAUUGCCAAAUUUCGGGCAGAAUACCACAUUCCCGACUCGGUACGGAUGAGGAUCCCGGGACCUACCGAAUCCCUUAGCGCGCCGAAGGACGGCGAAGUAGUCUUCUUUACCGACGUCCUUGUGCAAGGCGUUCGGUUGCCGUUGCAGCCGGCGGUACAGAGGAUUCUAGCCCAGUUCGGCUACGCCCCAGGGCAAUUCAACCCCAACUUCUGGGUGGCCCUCAUGGGAGUGAUAACGGCCUUCAGCAUGGCUGGCGAAGGGAGCCCCUCCUAUGAGCAGUUCUCCCAUCUCUACAGCGUUACUAAGUCCAAGUGUGCCGAUCACGGCGGAUGGGUGCAGGCGAACUGCCUCAGGGCUGCCGAUCGUGGCCACUUUGUCAGCUAG